AUGUAUCCAAUCUUGCUACUGCCAUCUCUUAAAAUUUUUGCUGUUUGGGAUUUACACGGUGGACUCUUGUUUGGGGCCUUUUUAAAUUCGCUUGGAUCGUUUGUACGUUUUUUGGGAUCAUUUGGACCUCGUGGAUUUUGGGUGUUGUUUUUAGGCCAGACUAUAGCAGCCUCAGGACAAGUAUUUAUAUUGGGUUUACCGCCAAAAUUGGCUAUAACAUGGUUUGAUCAUGGUGAACAAAAUUUGGCUGCUUCUAUUGGAAUUAUGGCAAAUAAUGCAGGAGUGGCUGCUGGAUCUUCACCUUCACAUUCAUCAUCCAACAGUAAGUCGGUUGUAUCAUUGACAGUGUUUAUUUCAUAUUUUGCAGAUAAACCAUUUAUAUUUUUAACAACAUCUUUUGGAAUUAUAAUUGGAGCACAAUAUGCUUUAAGUACUUUAUUAGCACAAAUGAUAAUGCCUGUAUUUGAGAUUUAUGAUGAGACAAAAAUAGGUAUAUUAGGAUUUUCAAUAGUAGUAGCAGGUGUAGUUGGAUCGUUUGUUAUUGGCAUAUAUCUUGAUCAUUCAUUUGCAUACAAACGUUCAUGUCAUGUUUUAUACAUUGGUACAAUAAUUGCCCUUGGUAUAUUUAAUAUUUCUUUAAAAAAUGAAAUAUUAAGUUUAGCAUUUUUAUCAAGCAUAUGUUUUGGAAUAUUUUCUUUUGCAAUACCUUCUGCAAUAUUUCGAUAUGCGACACUUGCCACAUCUAUGAGAGAAGGUGAGGAUGAAAUAGCUAGCACAAGCAUAUUAAAUACAUCAGCACAAAUAUGGGGAAUAUUAUUGGUAGCAUUGAUGGACAUUGCAGAGAAUAAUGAUAAAAUAUUUACAAUGGAAUUAUCAAAUUGGAUGUUGUUUACAAUUUUAGUGUGUGGUGCAGCUUUAUUGUGGGUGAUGGAUGACGAUAGAGUAGCAAGGAAAUUAAAUGUUGAUGAUGAAUAUGUUGAGGUUAAUGUUAGUGGUGGCAGUGGUGAUGGAAAUAAUAGAAGUAAUAUUUGUAGUAAUGAUAAUGAUAGAGGAAGUGACGAAGAAUUGGAAAUUCUUGAAGUUAUGCAAGAGGAAUGA